AAAACCUUUCAAUAUCAGACGGAUGCUUCAGCAAGCCAGCACCAACGUCGUGUGUUACAUGGUGUUCGGUAAGAGGUGGGAUUACACGAACCAAACGUUUCAGAACAUCAUGCAGUCCCUCGAUGUUGUCUUCCGUACAAGUGUGUUCUUCCUCCCUGAGAAUGUCUUUCCAUACGUUCCAGGUUUUCUGAAACGAGGAGACAAGGCAAUGGCAAGUGUCGAAAAAGUGUUGCAGCUUGUGCGAGACGAAGUCAAAGAGCACAAAGAGACCUUCAACCGGGACAACAUCCGCGACUUCAUCGACUCCUUCCUACUGGAGAUGCAGAACCAGACAGACCUCGACGGCAGCACCUUCACCGAGAGGCAGUUGGAGAUGACCGUGUUUGACCUCUUCAAUGCUGGCACGGAAACCGUAUCGACUACCAUGUGGUGGGCCUGCCUGCUGAUGAUCCUUAACCCAGACGUACAAAAUAAGGUACAAGAGGAGAUUGGGCAGGUCCUUGGUCGAGACAGCCGUCCGUCCAUGGCCUACCGGUCACAAAUGCCGUACACAACCGCUACAGUUGCCGAGAUCCAGCGGUACGGAGCCGUGUCACCUAUUGGUUUACCCCAUGCCGUGCCUCGCGACACAGAGUUCUACGGGUACAUAAUACCCAAGGACACAAUCGUCUUUGCCGGUCAGUGGUCAGUUCACCACGAUCCAGAACUUUUCCCAGAACCAGACAUGUUCGACCCGGAGCGAUUCCUGGAUGAUGAAGGCAACUUUAAGAACAUUGAGUAUUUCAUGCCGUUUUCCAUGGGUCCGCGAUCAUGCAUGGGGCAGCCACUGGCUGAAGUUCAACUGUUCCUGCUGUUUACUAACCUUAUGCAGAACUUCAAACUGAAGUUGCCAGAAGGCGCCGCAAAACCAUCCUCUGAGGGUGUCAUGGGCAUUACACUUGCCCCGAAACCUUUUGAUCUUGUAGCCAUCCCACGUGAUUAAAAAGUCGUGGUUCGAGAGCAGAUAAUGACGCUUGAAUGUUAGAGUUUUGAAAGUAUCUUCACAACUACAGUUUAUGAUACUGGGUUUAAAGCGUUUCUAGUAGCAUACGUAAUGAUCACAACUUUUAACCUUCCUUUGUGCAUUCAUAAUCAGUGUAUGCCACAUAGAAUUCUUAACAUGAAAACUAGGAUUAAAAAUCAGAAAACCGUGUUAUUCAAAUCCGUUAAAAAGUGUGAUAGGUAAUAUUGUGUCACGGCAGAUUUUAAACAUAGGAGAGUUACAGGGGUUCAAAAGUAAACUGCUUGCGGGCAGGUGAGACAUUAUUGGCCAUUAGGUGGCUAGUGCACGUUGAUUGGUAUUUCUGAAGGGACAUUUGCUAUAUUUCUAGGUUAAGUAAUAUGGAAAAUUAAGUUGUAAAGGGUGAGCAUAGUAUCAUUUCCCAAAUGCAUAGUAUUUGCAUAAUGUUGAUAUUUCAGCUCUCUGAAUCUGGUUGGCGUUGAUAUGAUUUAUCUUAAUUAUAGAUAAACAUCAAGCAUUAAAUGUUGUUCAUAACAGUAUCUUUUUUGUUACAGUUUGCUAUUUACGUUUAACGUUAUUUGAUAUAAGGUAUAAAACCAAAAUGUAGGUCUCAGCUCUGAU